UCACGUUAUUCUCUUUUAGUCACUUCAACAGGGAAGUAGGCAGGGCGACCAAAUGCUCACCACCAGCCCCGAGCUGUUAUCUCUGUGAGUCUGCGGAAAGUCUGCAUCCAGUUUGUCGGGGCUCGCUCGGGGUUUAACUGCCUGGUUAUCAUCUCCUUAUCACGGUUAAAAAAUGGCCAACAUCCCCCUCUCACGCUCUGAGGUAUUUGGGGAGCUGAGGAAGGAGCUGCAUGAAGAUGAGAAGUUCCACCAGUCAGAUGCCCACAUCUUCAUCAUCAUGGGAGCAUCGGGGGAUCUGGCUAAGAAGAAAAUCUACCCAACUCUGUGGUGGCUGUUCAGAGAUGGUCUCCUCCCCGAGCAGACGUAUUUCGUGGGCUUUGCUCGCUCGGACUUGACUGUUGACGCCAUUCGAGCUGCUUGCAUGCCCUACCUGAAGGUGAUGGACACAGAAGCAGAGCGGUUGUCUGCCUUCUUCAGCAGGAACACGUACAUCAGCGGGAAAUAUGCGGAUGAGGCUUCUUUCUCCAAACUCAACACACACAUCCUGUCUCUGCCCGGAGGACCCGAGGCAAACCGCCUCUUCUACCUGGCUCUGCCGCCCACCGUGUACCACGAUGUUACCAGGAACAUAAAGCUCUGUUGUAUGAGCGCAAAAGGCUGGACCAGAGUGAUCGUAGAGAAGCCGUUUGGACAUGAUCUUCAGAGCUCUGAAGAGCUGUCCGCUCACCUCUCCUCCCUCUUCACUGAGGAUCAGAUCUACCGAAUCGAUCACUAUCUGGGCAAGGAAAUGGUGCAAAACCUCAUGGUGCUCAGGUUUGGGAACCGCAUCUUUGGUCCGAUCUGGAACAGGGACAGUGUGGCCUGCGUCGUUCUCACCUUCAAAGAGCCGUUUGGCACUCAGGGGCGAGGAGGCUACUUUGAUGAUUUUGGCAUCAUUCGCGACGUCAUGCAGAACCACUUGCUCCAGAUGCUCUGCCUGGUUGCCAUGGAGAAACCAGCAUCAACCAGCUCGGAUGAUGUCAGGGACGAAAAGGUGAAGGUGCUGAAGUGCAUCGCCCCAGCGUCUAUGUCAGACGUGGUGCUGGGUCAGUAUGUGGGGGAUCCAGAGGGUGAAGGAGAUGCCAAGCUGGGUUAUCUAGAUGAUCCUACAGUUCCUAAAGGGUCCACUCAGGCCACCUUCACCACGGCUGUGCUCUAUGUGCACAAUGAACGCUGGGAUGGUGUUCCUUUCAUCCUCCGCUGUGGAAAAGCUCUGAAUGAGAGGAAGGCUGAGGUGCGGCUGCAGUUCACAGAUGUCCCAGGGGACAUUUUUGGAAACACAUGUCGCAGGAAUGAGCUUGUGGUGCGUGUGCAGCCCAAUGAGGCUGUCUACGCCAAGAUGAUGAGCAAGAAGCCCGGCGUUUUCUUUAGCCCUGAGGAAACUGAACUUGACCUCACCUACAAAAGUAGAUACAAGGACGUGAAGCUCCCAGACGCCUACGAACGCCUCAUUCUUGACGUCUUCUGUGGGAGUCAGAUGCACUUUGUUCGCAGUGAUGAACUAAGGGAAGCAUGGAGGAUCUUCACUCCUCUUCUUCAUCAUAUAGAGCGAGAGAAGCCCAAGCCCAUUCCUUACAAAUACGGAAGCCGUGGCCCAACUGAAGCUGACGACCUCGCAAAGAGGGUUGGAUUCCGCUAUGAAGGCACUUAUAGAUGGGUCAACCCUCACAGACUGUGAACUGUGAUGAGAUAAGAUGAGGGAGGAGUAGAGGUAGGGGAGGAGGAGGUUUUGCAGCAGGGUAAGUGAGCUGUGUUAUGUUCCAACACUGGGGUGUCUUUGAGGAAGGUGUUUCCGCCAUGUGGAUGUGUUGAGGUAGCAGUCAGGAGGAAACAAGCUGUUUAAAGAAAAUCGAGAAUAUCUCAGGUAUAGUACUUAUUCCUUGGAGCCACUUCAUCAGACAUUUAAAAAGCGUUAUGAACUCGUGCUUAAAUCAUGGACCCAUCCUGCAGCUUUUUUUAUUUUCUUAAGCCCACACAUUCCUAGCAGCUUGUCAUGUUUUUUUGUGAGAUGUGGGACCAUGUCAGUCGGAGAAGUAACACAAAAAAACCUGAGCCAGGAUAUUUCUUAAACAAAAUAACUGUCUGAUGAUCUAGCUCCAAACCUCUGUGAAUUAGGUCUUAGUUUGUCAGGAUGGAAAAUGGAAAAAGAAUAACAAGAAAAGAGCAGAACAACAUAAAACACUCAGCUGAGUCAUGCUCAUCCAGUGUAAGAACUGUACCAAAGACGGUCAUUGAACGCAGCAGAGAAGAACACAGGACUGAUUGUUCACCACCAUCUAAUCUUAAAAAACAUGGUGAUUGUAAUACCAUUCUGCUUUUACUGCAUUUAUUAAUCAAGUAUCUUUAACAACUUGCCUCAUCUGCCUGGGACUGAAAAGGUCAUGACUGUCUGAGAUCAACAUACAAAGAAUGAUGGAGGCAGUUUCUCUUCAAACAUUCAUACUACAGUAGUCUUAAGUGUUCUUACAGACGAGCAUAACAAGCUCUCUGUCUUGUUCAGUAGCCUCCCUUUGAGCUUUAUUCCCUUCUUUGUUUACAUUUUUUUCAAGUUUAUUUAAAUUGCUGAUGUUCAUCUUAUAUUUUCAAAACAUACACACAGCAGCAGCGUCUAACACUCAACAGUGAAUGUCUUUGUAAUGACGUGCUGUAUGUAUACUGCUGUUAACUGCACUCUUACAUGUAAAGCUAGCUACAUUUCCACUACUUGUAAUAAAAUAGUUUUUCUCUCUAUUAA